AUGCCUUGGUUUGAUGGCGACCCAAUCAAAGCCUGCUCGGCCCCCCAAAGGCCUGCAAGCGUAGAAAGGAGUGCUAUGACAGCGCUAGGACAAUUCGGCCUUGAGGCGCACUUGAAAAGUGUACAGAGCGGUAUUGCAACCAUCGCCGAUGACAUCGCCCAGGGCUUUUUCGAGAUCACCCACAACAGCUUCGCCCUUCUGGGCCUGGCGGUCGUGUUCGCGGUGAUCACACUGACGGCCCGGCCCGACUUGCGUCAGGCCGGUGAAUUCAAGCUCAUGACCUGGCUGCAGCAGCGCCAGGAAGCGGCCAUCGGUUUUACCGAGCCCGCCGCCAUCGAGCGUGCCACGGCCUCCAACCCCAAAGACCUGCCGGCCCAGCAGGCCGCUGUGGCCUACUGGCUGAGCAAAAAAUACGGCGUCGCGCCCGAGCCCUUGAGCGUGCUGGUGGCCGAGGCCUUCGAGAUCGGCCAGAAGGCCAAGCUCGACCCCACCCUGAUCCUGGCCAUCAUGGCGAUCGAGUCCGGGUUCAACCCGUUCGCGCAAAGCCCCGUGGGUGCCCAGGGCCUGAUGCAGGUCAUGACCAAGGUGCACCACGACAAAUACGACAACUUCGGCGGCAAGCUGGCCGCCUUCGACCCGGUGACCAACCUGCGCGUCGGCGUCAAGGUGCUGCAGGAAUGCAUCGCCCGCGCCGGAUCCGUGGAAGGCGGCCUCAAAUACUAUGUCGGUGCCGCCAACAUGGAAGACGACGGCGGCUACGCCAGCAAGGUGAUGGGGGAGCACGCCCGCCUGCUGGCCGUGGUGGCCUCCGCGUCCAAGCGCGGCAAGCCCUCGCCUUUCUUUGCCGAGCCCGGCACUUCGCGCCCGGUUCCGGCCUCCCUGCCGGGCAAGUCCGAGACGCCGGCCUCCGAGGGCAAGACGCCCGAGAAGGUGGCGCUGCUGAGCCAGUCCUGAUCCCGCCGGCGCGGCCUGAGGGCCCGCUGUUCGCACCGCAAAGCCCGGCCGCCGCCAGCGCCCGGCUUUUUGCUUUUCGGGCUUACGGGUAUGGGACGGAUGGCAGCGGGUUUCAGGCGCCCUCAGUUACACUAGCCGGGUGCGCAACUGGCGAUAGGCUCAAGGUUUUCGCAACCAUUGAAGCUGACGUGGGACACCACUGGGAAGCGCACCGCUGACAGCCGUCGGGCCUCAGCGUUCAGCCGUUCGCCUGGGCAGCCCUUGUUUCAUUUAGAGCCGCGGCUCAUAUGAAUAGCAGGGACCACGUCUUUAAGGACUGCCAUAUGUACCACCGCAACAUCCUGGUCGAACAGACCGAUCCCGAAAUCUUCGCCGCCAUCCAGGCUGAAAACGCCCGGCAGGAGCAGCACAUCGAGCUGAUCGCCAGCGAAAACUACGCCUCGCCCGCCGUCAUGGCCGCGCAGGGCUCGCAGCUCACCAACAAAUACGCCGAAGGCUAUCCCGGCCGCCGCUACUACGGUGGCUGCGAACACGUGGACGUGGCCGAGCAGCUCGCCAUUGAUCGCGUUAAAACCAUCUUCGGCGCCGAGGCCGCCAACGUGCAGGCGCAUUGCGGCGCAUCGGCCAACGAGGCCGUGUUCCUGGCCUUCCUCAAGCCCGGCGACACCAUCAUGGGCAUGAGCCUGGCCGAAGGCGGCCACCUGACGCACGGCAUGGCCCUGAACAUGAGCGGCAAGUGGUUCAACGUCGUGUCCUACGGCCUGAACGACAAGGAAGAAAUCGACUAUGACGCCAUGGAGCGCAAGGCCCACGAAACCAGGCCCAAGCUGAUCAUCGCGGGCGCCUCGGCCUACAGCCUGCGCAUCGACUUCGAGCGCUUCGCCAAGGUGGCCAAGGCCGUCGGCGCGAUCUUCAUGGUCGACAUCGCCCACUACGCCGGCCUGGUGGCCGCGGGUGUCUACCCCAACCCGGUCCCCCAUGCCGACAUCGUCACCUCGACCACGCACAAAAGCCUGCGCGGCCCGCGCGGCGGCAUCAUCCUGAUGAAGGCCGAACACGAGAAAGCCAUCAACAGCGCCAUCUUCCCCGGCCUGCAGGGCGGCCCGCUGAUGCACGUGAUCGCGGCCAAGGCCGUGGCCUUCAAGGAGGCCAUGAGCCCCGAGUUCAAGACCUACCAGCAGCAGGUCGUGAAAAAUGCGCAGAUCGUGGCCGACACCCUGACGCAGCGCGGUUUGCGCAUCGUCAGUGGACGCACCGAAAGCCACGUCAUGCUGGUCGACCUGCGCGCCAAGGGCAUCACCGGCAAGGAAGCCGAAGCGGUGCUGGGCAGCGCCCACAUGACGAUCAACAAGAACGCCAUCCCGAACGACCCGGAAAAGCCCAUGGUCACCAGCGGCGUGCGCAUCGGCACCCCGGCCAUGACCACCCGCGGCUUCAAGGACGAGGAAGCCCGCGCCACGGCCCACCUGAUCGCCGACGUGCUCGACAACCCGCGCGACGCGGCCACCCUGGAAGCGGUCCGCGCCAAGGUUCACGCGCUGACGAGCCGCUUCCCCGUCUAUCGCUGA